CAGUCCACCAAAAACGGUCCUCUUCCUCCUCCUCCUCCUCCUCUCGUAUCGGAGACACACACGCACACAUACACACACACACACACACACUGUCCAAACCCCCAGAAAAGCCCCGCUGAAUCCUCACACCGUCUGUCAGCAUGGGGAGCGCUUGUUUUUCCCGGGACGUUUGUUUGUUUAUCCUCCUCAUAAAUACUUGCAGGGUGAUGGGGAAUGUCGGACUCGCAGAUGCAGACGAGUGUGCAGAAGGCACGGAUGACUGCCACAUUGAUGCCCUCUGCCAGAACACGCCCAAGUCCUACAACUGCAUCUGCAAACCAGGCUACAAAGGUGAUGGCAAACAGUGUGAAGACAUGGACGAGUGUGAAAAUGACUACAAUGGGGGCUGUGUACAUGAAUGCAUCAACAUACCAGGAAACUACCGCUGCACCUGUUAUGAUGGUUUCAUGCUUGCUCAUGAUGGACACAACUGUCUGGAUGUGGACGAGUGUGUGGACAACAACGGUGGAUGUCAGCAAGUGUGUGUCAACACCAUGGGGAGCUAUGAGUGUCAGUGUAGAGGGUUCUUCCUUAGUGACAACCAGCAUACCUGUAUCCACCGAUCUGAUGAUGGGAUGAACUGCAUGAACAAGGACCAUGGCUGUGCCCACAUCUGCAGAGAGGCACCAGGAAAAGGGGGGGUGUCUUGCGAGUGCCGUCCUGGAUUUGAACUGGCCAAAAAUCAAAAAGACUGUACAUUGACAUGUAACUAUGGAAAUGGCGGCUGCCAGCACACAUGUGAUGACACAGACACAGGGCCGGUGUGUGGCUGCCAUCAGAAGUACGCCCUGCACUCAGACAGCAAGACCUGCAUCGAGAAAGAUGAGGCUGCAAUUGAGAGCUCUGAGUUCAAUGCCACGUCAGUAGCUGAUGUGGACAAGCGGGUGAAACGGCGGCUACUUAUGGAGACCUGUGCUGUGAACAAUGGUGGCUGCGACAGGACAUGUAAAGACACAGCCACAGGGGUGCGCUGCAGCUGCCCCGUGGGAUUCACCCUGCAGCCAGAUGGCAAAACCUGCAAAGACAUUGAUGAGUGCCAGGAGAACAACGGUGGCUGUGAUCACUUCUGCCGUAACACAGUUGGCUCCUUUGAAUGCAGCUGCCAGAAAGGCCACAAGCUGCUCACAGAUGAACGGACAUGCCAAGACAUUGAUGAGUGCUCCUUCGAGAGAACCUGCGACCACACCUGCAUCAACUACCCCGGCAGCUUUGAGUGCUUGUGCAACAAAGGAUACAUCCUAUAUGGCCUCACUCACUGUGGAGACAUUGAUGAGUGCAGCAUCAACAAUGGGAGCUGUGAGUACGGAUGCAUUAACACCCAGGGCAGCUACGAGUGUCUGUGUCCACCUGGACAGAAACUCCACUGGAACAAGAAGGACUGCAUCGAGGCGGUGAAAUGUCUGCCGAAUGGGAAGCCCGCGCCCAGAGCCCAGCUGACUUGCACCAAGAGCGGAGGGGCAGAGGUCUGCUCCUUAUCCUGCCCCUCCAACGCCCUCUUCCUUGCAGACUCUGAGAACAGCUACACACUGAGCUGCGGUGUGCCCGUCCAGCCGGGUAAAGCUCCUCAGAAGAGGAAUGCCACUACUGCCUUACCAUCCUGUGCCGACACGCUGGCCCCACCCAUCAAACAGAAGGCCAGGUUUAAGAUUAAAGAUGCAAAGUGUCACCUGAGACCCCGUAACAAGGAGAAGCACAGAGACUCAUCGAGGCAGAAUCUCCAGGGAGGCCAGUUCCCCUGCACUGACGACUGUCAGGUAACCUUUGUCAACUUGAAGUGUGACUCAUCCAAGAAACGCAGGCGAGGACGUAAAUCUCCUUCAAAAGAGGUUUCUCACAUUACAGCAGAGUUUGAGAUGGAGAUGAAGGAGGAGGAAGCCUCAGACUCCUGCAAUGUGGACUGUGUGAGGGAGAGGAUGAAGCAGAAGCUGCAGAGCGCCAUGCGUACACUCAGAAAGUCCAUCAACAAGCAGCAGUUCUACAUCCAGUUCUCUGGGACAGAGUACGAGGUGGCCCAGAAACCAUCCAGGGUGCCAGAGGGUGCAGAGGCCUGCAGUACAGGACAAGUCCUCAGAGAUGGAAAGUGUGUGAGUUGUGGUGUGGGGACGUUCUACAGUGGGGAGCAGGAGCAGUGUGUCCAGUGUCCUCCGGGUACAUACCAGGACACAGUGGGCCAGCUGUCCUGUGAGCCGUGUCCAAGCACUGAAGGACAGGGCAUCGCAGGCGCCAAGAAUGUAUCACAGUGCGGAGGUCAGUGUCCGGCAGGUCAUUUCUCUGCUGAUGGAUUCCGUCCAUGUCAGGUGUGUCCGCUGGGCUCCUACCAGCCAGAACCAGGCCGAGUUCUCUGCUUCCCCUGUGGUGGGGGGCUCAUGACCAAGUAUGAAGGAUCAGUCUCCUUCAGGGACUGUGAGGCCAAAGUGCACUGUGCUCCCGGACAUUACUACAACUCCAGCACCCACCGCUGUAUCCGCUGCCCAGCAGGGACGUACCAGUCUGAGUUUGGGCAGAACUACUGCAUCACCUGCCCUGGGAACACCACCACUGAUUUCGACGGUGCCACAAACGUGUCCCAUUGCAAAAACCAGCUGUGUGGAGGAGAGCUUGGAGAGUACACAGGCUACAUAGAGUCUCCGAACUACCCUGGAGAUUACCCAUCUAACGUGGACUGUGUGUGGACCAUCAACCCACCACACAAGAGACGGAUCCUCAUCGUAGUACCAGAGAUCUUCCUCCCCAUUGAGGAUGAGUGUGGAGACGUGCUGGUCAUGAGGAAAAGCGCACAGCCCACCUCCAUCACUACCUACGAGACAUGUCAGACCUACGAACGGCCGAUCGCCUUCACCUCUCGCUCCCGCAAGCUCUGGAUCCAGUUUAAGUCCAAUGAGGGAAACAGCGGCAAAGGCUUCCAGGUUCCAUAUGUCACCUAUGACGAGGACUACCAGCAACUGAUAGAGGACAUAGUGCGAGACGGCAGGCUCUACGCCUCCGAGAACCACCAGGAGAUACUGAAGGACAAGAAGCUGAUAAAAGCUCUGUUCGAUGUGCUGGCCCACCCUCAGAACUACUUCAGGUACACAGCGCAGGAGUCCAAAGAGAUGUUCCCUCGCUCGUUCAUCAAGCUGCUGCGUUCCAAAGUCACCAGGUUCCUGCGGCCGUACAAAUAGACAGAACCUCGGCAUCGUCCCACACAUCCUGCAUCAUUCCAAAUCCAGCAGCCUGAAUAUAAAACCCCUUGUCUACUCUUUCCCCGGCUCUCAUGUUCUCUGACUAAAUAUCCUUGUUUCCUGUAUUGUCUUAAAUCCUUUUUGUCACAUGAUGCCUUUUCUCAUCUUCCUUCUUUAACCAGUUAUUCAUCCUUGUUUGACACCUUUUCCUCCAGUUAGCACAGCUUCUUGUAUAGGGUUUGACCGAUGUGGGUGUAUUAAUAUUUUUAUAGCGUAGCAGAACAUACCUGACAUUUUAUAUGUAUAUAGUGUACGAUUAAAUUUCACUAUUUUAUACCAAACAUAUUUAACAUGCACAAACACAGAGUUGUUUUUGUGUUUGGUAGAAUGGUUCAUUCCCCUGUAUCUUAUGUCAGUCAAGGUGCAAUAUCUUUCAGUAUUAUUGUUUCAGUGUAAAAACACACAGAACAGAAACAUCAUGUUGCAAUGCACAGUGAUAUUUGAUUUUUCAUACACUGCGGACAAACAUUUUCAUUUCACAUUAAGAAAUCCAGCACAUUUUUAAAGAAUGAAGGUGAGUGGUUGAUAGCAGCAUUUUAUAGUGUGAUGUUAUUUACUUUACAUGUACAUCAAACAUUUUUUGUGACAUAAAUUUAGAAAAAAGAAAAAACAUUGCAUUGCUGUAUAUCUAUUGCCAUUGUACUGCAGCUUUUUGUCCUUCAGCUGGAAACGUAUAAAGAUACAGCAUGUCGAACUACAAUUCCAGGAGUUUCUUUUUAGAUGACAUUCCAAGUAGCAUUUUUACUGAUCUGUAAACGCUGAUCGAGUCAUUGAAGACGUGUUAUUACAUUUUAUUCCCAGUACUAAAUCAAAGGCCAGUAUCAGCACACUAACAUAUCGGUCAAACCCUGUGUCCUCUUCCUCCUGAUGUUUUCUGAUCUGCACCUUCUCGAUCAAUCAUUGUGAGACAUCUCUUCCUCUCUCAUGUUAUUUUGCUCUGCUUUGGUGUCUGUGAUGUUGUUUUGUUUUGUAAUAUUUAUACUGAACAUGUCAGAACUUGCAGAAGCCCAUAUCAUAGACGUUUUAGAUAGAUACACAAAAGCAGAGGUGCAUGUGUGUUCACAUAUAUGUUUGUGUGGACAUAAUGGUGACAGAGUACAUGAUGUACCCUGCAUUUCUUUAUUGGCCCUGAUGUGCACGAGACAGAUGAAAAACAAUUGGUGCACUUGAAAUACAUUUGAACCUGAUUAAUAAGUAAUGUUAAAGUGGGGAAACCCAACCAUUCCACCUCAGUGGGUGCUUUAUCCUUUGGAGCACAGAGAAAGAUUUCAUGGGGUGAAUCAGAAAGUCUAUAUGAUCAUUUUUUAAUGAAAAAAAAAGAUCUAUAACAAGAUGAGAUAAACUACCUGCAAGUAACAGAUUGUUACUUUAGAGAGAAAUGUAUGUGAUGUAACUAAUAUUUGGAACUUUAAUUGCACUUGAAUUUUAUAUUGUAAACUGUAGGAAAAAAGAUCUAAGUUACGUAUUUGUUACAUUUUUUGUGUUGUUUUGAAAUGUACCACGUGUGGCGUAGAGGAGAGAAGACAGCUGUGUCUCCUAUAUUGCUCCCACUCCGUAGCUUGCAGUUACCCCAAAAUCUCUCAGUUACAAUAGCUACAAGCCCCGUUCACCCACAGAGUGAGCAAGACUUCAUGUUCAAGCUUCAGCAUCUCAAAACGUGAGACUUAAGCGCACAGAGAAAAGAUGGUUUGUCAGUGGUUUCCACUGCCAGGUCCUGCUUUGUCUUUCUAAGAUUUCUUAUAGCUGCCAGAGAGAAGAAGCACCUCCAUAAAGACUUGAUGUAUGAUGGCACCUCAUAUACAUGUUCCUUAUAAACGACAUAAAAUAUCCGUAUUCAUUCAGAUGCAAACUGUCCAUCAGAUAGGAAGUAUGGUGUGUAUACUAUGCUUUUCUUUUAUAACCCAACUAAAUGUUUCUGUGUCAUUCCCAUUGGUACUAAUGAAAUCAUUAACUGCGUACUGAAGAUGGACGCUAUAUCUGCACAAUGUGACUGGAGUUGAAAAAACGUGUGCGGUGUGACUGGAGUGUUGUUCUGGAGGUGAACGUAGUGGCAGGGACACAGGUGGGAAUGGAGGCUUCACAAACAGAAGGUCCGCUCCUGUCUGAGUGUCUGUGUGUCCAUAGCACUUGCAGCUUCAACAGUAAGCCAGUGAACUUUAUCUGUGUGUAGUGGUGUUCCCCUGAAAGACGAUAAGACAUGCAUAAGGAAAAUCCCUCAUUGGCGGUAAAGAUAGACAUUUAACUCUUUUUAAUGUAAUGAAAUGUGAAAGCUUUAAAUCUUGUGCUGGGCACGAGGAAGAUGAGGAGGUGUCAGUGCUGAGUUAGAACUUAUCACAGCCCAACUUUGGAUUUAAGGACCACACUUAGGUUCACGUUUUAGCCCAUUUACUAUUAAUCUUAUUUACUGCUGGGUGUUUUCCAAAGCAUGAGAUUUUAGAUUUACUUCUUUCUUUCUUUCUUUCUUUCUUUCACUUUAUUUGAGAUAAACAAUGAUAAAUAAUAGCUGUGUUUUAAACUGCACUCUUUGGUGGGCCCUAGGAGAUACUCACGUGUAAAAUUAAACAUGUUUGGCUGUUACGCAGAAGCCUGCAAAAAGCUAAACCUGAAAAAAGUAAGAGAAACCUAAUGUCAUCUCAUGAUUUAUUGAAUACGUUUUCAUAUAAGGAUCAUCUUUAUUAUGGUCUGGUCAUCACAAACUGUCUAUUUUGAGAGCAACUUAGCCACUGUCAGCAGAAGAGUCUUUUUUUUUUAAGGUAUUACUUUCAUUAAUCAUAUUAUUGUGCCUAUGCCAGGUAAUCCUUAAGUACCGGGCAACAGUAACAGUAGAACUUUUCAGUGACCAAACUCACAUUAUCUCACAACACUAGUAUACUGCUGCCCAUAAAGUUGGAAUAAAAUAUGUUUACUUCUUCUCAUGAAAUAAUUGUGACAAUGUGGGACUCAGUAUGUAAUCAUUACAACUGGUCACAGGUGAUUAUUGAUCUGUAUAAAUAGGAAUAAAAAGAGGAAUGUGUCUGAAAACGAAAUUAUUCCAACUUUAUGAGCAACAUUGUAAUAAGUAAUUGCUUAUUUUCUGAACUUUUUCACUUCGAUUAAACACUUAAACAUCAGCAGCCAUGUUCUGGAUGUUUUGCAUCCUUGACCAUAUUCACAACAUUAGGUCUGAAAAUGUGAAAUUUGACAACAAUAUUUAUUAUUAUAGCAUAUCAUAGCAUAUGUGCAUCAAACCAAUAGCUCAAAAGCAUGCUUUGGAAAAUGCAAGAGUAUCGUCUGUAAUAAUGGGUUGGAGCAUGUGAAACUACAUGUAUGGUCCUGCAUAGCACUGAGAUGGGAUGUAUUGGUCAUACAUAUUCCAAAAUAAUGUUAAAAAAAAACAAGAAACACCCAUGAAAUAUUGUCGAAAAAAUGCUUCUACAGGCACUGGUCGAUAAUCACCCUCUAAAACCGAAACAAAACACUUAAGAAAUGAACCCUAAUGUAAAUGCGAUCUGAUAUAAUGACCAAAAUGAAAGCAUACUGGUGUUAGGUAUCGUUCCAAGGCGUUGCCAAAACAGCUGCCACACAGACAUGUUAUGGUACAGUCUACUUCCUGACGGAGGUGACACUGUUCAAUAUGAGUGUUAUGGGAAAAAAAAAAAGAUAUGAAAUGCUCUAAAAUUUAUGAUUGACUUUUUUUCCUUGAGAAUGUAUUCUAUUGUGAAUGAGUGUGCAUUGUGUGUUUAUGGAAGAGUUUGACAAAGUGUGUGCAACAGGCAUGUGUGUAUGAGUGAGUGUGUGUUUUUGUGCUGGACGCCUGUGAUGGAAAAAAGAGACUGUGUGUGUGUGUGUGUGUGUGUGUGUGUAUGUACUUUAGUCCAUUUUGUAGAGGAAUAAUUUUAACGUUUGUGUUAGUCGGUUGUACCCAAAGAGAGAAACUGUAACGCAGUGUUGUGCCAUUGUUUGGUCCAUGAAACUCCAGUACUGAACAGAUUAAAUAAAACAGUAGCAGAAACCAGA